AUGAGCAUCUUUUUCAUGGACGUGAACUGGACAGGUGAUGUCUUGGCAGCUGGAAACCCAGAUGCUCGAAAGUUGCACUUAAAUGGUCUUGCGGCCUGUUACAUGCUGAUUGGACUGAUGCACGCUCGAGUUGGGGUUUGGCUACCCGCCUGCCGCACGUUUGCUACCUUCCACCUCGUUCUGAAUGCGGUAAGUGCCGGUCUCUACCUCUUCGCGGCAAGAAGCUCUGAAGGGCUUUGCCAGGUGCUCUGCUGGAUUUCCUGUGCGCUGUUCUUCCCCAGGACGUAUGGUCUGCCGCAGCACAACCUCAUUGAUUCGAUCACGAGGCAGCGUAAUGCGAAGGACUACAUUGGUCGGUCUCAGACUGUUAUGAUCACUACCCUCGCCUUGGUGGUGAAAUGCAUUACCAAGGGGGUCGAACCAGGGCAGAUACAGCUGGGCCACGACAGCUUUUGGACCCUCAUGUCCUCCCUGUUGUUGGUGCUACUGGUCAAGGUCCUGCUAUACGAUGUUCACAUCGCGGACACGAAGUGGCAUGCAGUUCGGUGUGAGACCUCGCAUCUGCGCCCAACGGCAUUUCUCAGCUUGGUUCCGGUGGCAAUGGCGGGUGUGAUGAUGAUGGCAGCCGGCUCCUUCUUGGUGCUCGAUGACGAGUUCAAGGACCGAGCGGUUGGGAGCCGAAAAGCUGGGCAGAGCUUCUGCCAAGGCUUUGGUGUCUUGCUGCUAUCCGUGUCUACAAUGCGGAUGCUUCAUAACGAGCCACACGUCCCAGCCGUCAGCUGCAACAAGCGGCUGAUGGUCAUGUGGAAGGUCCAAGUUACUGUGCAGCUGCUCUUCGCGGCCCUGUCUUUUAGCUUAUCGGGCAGAAUCACUGGCAAAGAAGGUCUCUACCUCUGCGUCAUGCUGACCACGAUCCUCAUUGUACUAAAUCUGCUGGACGAGCUCGAAGAGCUCCACUCCUACCGCGGAAACUGGAAGGUUGUGCGCACGAUCGGCUCGCUGCAUGGGAUGACCAAGUACAUGAAAAAAGGAUCGCAAACCUCCAGCGAUGACGUGCUGGAGUCAAAGGACCACGAAGUAAAGGUGUGA